AUGUCGGGCGCGUGCGGGCUCGAUCUCUUGUUCGCGGCGGCGGCGACGACGUCGGGGGUGGAUGACGACGCGCGCGCGUCGGUGCAAAUUCAAAAGAUGAGACGUGCGCGCGGUGCGUCGGAGACACCACGGGUGAGGGACGCGACGCGGGAGAGCACGGGCGGGUUUAGGCGUUUUAAGAAUGGUAAGGGUGGUGCGGGACUCGUGGACGUGACGAACGGUCGGGUUCGAUCGCCGAAGACGCCGGGGGUGGCGCGCGCGAGCGCGAAGCGCGGGCGAAACGCGAGACGCGCGCCAGAGUCGGAGAGCGAGGACGACGAUGCGCGAGUGAGAGUGGACGAGGAGUGCGUGAGGGGAAUGGAAAUAUUAGCGAACGAGCACGCGGAUGUCGUGAUCGAGCACGUGCGGGAGUGGUUGGAUUUAUUGGAUGGAGACGCGCGCGCGCGCCUGGGUGCUUUGCGCAAGAGCGCGAAGCGGACGCGCGCGGCGGUGGAGAAUUUCGAGCGCGAGGGCGUGACAGAAGGAGUGGGGAUGUCGUAUCUCCGAGAAUUCGAACGAAUGCUCGAAAUCGAGCGCGAGCUUCUGGAGAAAACGCUCAGACGGGUAAGUGACAUGCGCACAAAGGCGGAGUAUGAAGCCGCAAAGCUGGCACUCGGUUGGUUGGACCGCUCAAAUAGGAAGUCCGAGGACGAUUCAGGCGCGAGCGAUGAAGAAAACAGCGCUCGGGCGCACAAGAGAUUGCAUUCAUCGAGCGCUCAAGCGUUCUUGCGAACCGCUUUGGCCGCGUACGUCCAAGAUACGGCGCCUGAAAAGUCGCUACGUCUCAACGCGGGCUCAAAACCGAGCGAAAUCGUCACCGCCGCCACGCUUCACCCGCAAGUCGACCUCGAAGUCGCGCCCGAGAAGGCGUGA